AUGGUGAAACUUCUUGUUUUGGCCAUUUUAUUGACAGUAUCACCAGCAAGUGGUUUAUUAGAAAAAUUAUUACUUGCCGAAAAUGGCUGUUAUGACGGUUGUCAUAAAAAUUAUGAAACUAAUACAGUUCAUUUAGAAGCUUGCAAAAAAGGUUGUGACUUAAAACUUUUCAGAGCUGCUGAUUGCGCAAAUCAAUGUAAAUUACAUACAAAAGAUGAAGAAAGUUUAAAUUGUUGUCAAGUUGGUUGUACUUUAAAUGAUGCCGCUGAUAAAGUUGAACCAGAAAAACCUGUCAUUGCUAUUGAUCCAGUUCCAGAAAUUAAAAGUCCAGUGAUGAUUCCUAUAAAUCCAGAAAUUGGACGUCCUCGUUCAAUUAUUCUUAUACGUCUUCGCAGUCGUCCACCAAUGGAUAUGCCAUCUGUCCAACGUUUCUUCAAUGGUGAUCCAGUUCAAAUGUUCAACAGUAUGAUAAAACAAUUUCAAGAAAAUGCAAAUAAUUUUGAACAAACAAUUCGUCAAUCAUUUGAACAAAAUUCAAAAGAUUUACCAAAAAUAACUGAAUUAAAAUCAAUUUCAGAUUUAGUAAAGAGUAUUCCAAUUAAUCCUUUACCAGGUAAUGUUCGUGCUGAUUCAUCAAGUGAAUCAAGUGAAGAAUCAAAUGGUAAACGUCCAUUAAUGGGUGAAAUCCGACAUGUUUUUCAACAUCCACGUGAUCAUCAUAAAUUUCAACGUGAACAUAUGCAACCAGUUCGUGGCCGUCUUCAUCAAUUUAUUCAUAAUGUUCGUGCAGAAUGGAAUGAUCUUAUUCGUAAACAACCAAGAAUUCCAGUCUGGAUUUUAGUUGGUAUUCUUCUUUCAUCAUCAGCUAUUCUUUGGUAUAUGGUUAUGUCACUUUGUCGUCAUACACCAUCACGUAAUACAUUAUCAAUCCGUGCUCAAGAACUUGUUUUUCAACCAUAUGACUAUGAUGGUUAUGAAAAAGAAAAAAUUCAACCUGAUGAUCAACCAUAUCAAGUUACAGAAUCAUUACCAAUUAAAGUUAAAUUAUCCAAUAUUUAA